GUCACGUCGCAUCUUUAGCAACCUAGCAACAUGUUUGCUGAUAGACCGUUAGUUACACAUGUUUUCACCCUUGUUCUUACACCGUUUGAGAUGUGGUUUCUCGUGUUUUAGACUGAUUUCACGCUAGGUUGUGCUUGUUUGUGAUAUUUCAGGUCCUGGCAAGUGAAUGAAGGUUUAGGAGCGAGCUCGGGGUCGAUUGGGCGAAGAUCGGGCGCGAGGCAAGUCACAAAGGAGGCCACACGGGCACACCCACAAAUCACACGGCCGUGCAACUCAUAUUUCUGGUCGUGUGAGAUUGUGCGAGAGCAAACACGGCCUGCCCUGACAACACACACGGCCGUGUGAAGGAGUGGCUUGGCCGUGCGAGUUUUGCCGAGAGCAAACACGGGCAGAGCAGGACAUCCACACGGCCGUGCAAGAGGCCAGUCUGGCCGUGUGGAAUUCUGCGUGAGCAAACACGGGCAAAAAGGAAGUUCACACGGCCGUGCCACUCUGACCGUGCAAAGAGCCUGGAAUUCGAACUAAUUGGAACGCAGCGUUUUGACUCACACGGGCAACUGGGUAAGCCACACGGCCGUGCCACCCUGCCCGUGUGAGUCGAGAUUUUCUGCUUAAAACCCGAUUUUCAGCCAAAGGAGAGGAGGAGAGCUAGGUUUUUGGAUCCCAAACACCCAAGGGACGAACCAAAGAGAGAGAGGGCGAUUUGAGGGCAUUCUUGGAGUAGAGAAGGAGGAUUUCUUCGCCUUGGAAGCUUGAGGAACAAGCCCGGACUUGAAGACUGAUCAUCUGAAGAUUCUUACUGCAGUCUCUCUCUUCUCUAUGGAGUAACUUCCCUUCACUUAGGUUUUGAGGAACCCUAGCUAUGUUAGUUUGAUUGGAUGAUUGUAUGAGUACUCUGACUUGAUAAUCUUGAGUUCAUAUUCAAUCUAUGCAUGUUUUCAUGAUUCAAUUCUGCUUUAGUCGAGAUUAUUGAUUCUGCUUUGAUCCUAUGAGAGGGAAUACCUGAUUAGGUCAAUAGAGCACCAUAGAUUGAUAGUAGUGGAUUGAUUGCUUUAGUCGAGGGUUGAUUCACUGCUUUGUAUCGAUUGAGAACCUCUUUCGAUAGAGGGAGUCUAGUUCAGAACGCCUUGAUCAGUUGUUCUAGAGAAGGAUACGUCCCUCUAGGCAAUUGACUCAAGAGGGCCUUGUUCCUUUAGUCGAGACUCAAGGUCUAGUCAAGGAUUCUCCGCAUUGUGAAUGAAAGUGAAACAGGUUAGAGAUCAUCAAUCGUUAAUCUGGCUAGUGGCUAGGGGGAAUCAUACCUAAGUGAGUUCCCAACCUGUAAUUAGAUUAACUUUAACUGUAGUUUGCUAGAGUAGUUUUAGUUCUUUCAUCUUAAUCUGAUUUGCUAAAUAAUAAACUGAAGCUGAGUAAUAGUAAAUCUAGAGACCCGUGGAUUCGAUAUUUAUCACUUGAGCCACUAUACUGCAGUCCCUUUCAUUGGUUACACUUGGCCUUUGUUAGGUGUUGUGUUUUAGAGCAUCAAGUUUUUGGCGCCGUUGCCGGGGACUUUCUAGAGUAUUAGGAAAGACAGAAGUUUGUUACUUUAGCGUUUUUCGUUUCUUUUCUUUUCCACCCGUGCUUUUCACUUGGGUGUUUUUGUUUUUGUUGGUGCAGAUCUGAAUCAUGGAUCCUAAUGGCUUCUCCAAUCAUUGGGGGUAUCCACCACCAUCUGGGUGGUAUUACCCCGAGACUCCGUGGAGCAAUCAAGGCGGAGAAGACUAUGGAUUCGGGUUCCAGUACCAACCCCCUUACUACGGAGAACAACCGGACCCCUGGGCAUAUCAAGAACAACCUCAUUACCAAGAAGAAUUUCUCCCACAACCAGAAGGGCCAUUGGAGCUGGAGUUACCCAUGGCGGCCUUCACGGGCCAUUCUGCAGAGCCAUGCUACACUCCACAGCCAGAUCCACACUAUGAUUUGAAGCUUCUCAUGGAGAGAUCAUGCUCCAGUAUGGACCAUUGUGUCCAGGCCUAUCGUGAGACAGAGGGGAUCCUCCUGAGCCUUAAGAAGAGCGUCGAUGAUCUUGAGCGAUCUUGGGCGCAACCUGCUCCAGAUCACCCUUCUGCUACCAUACAAGAAGAUGAGGAGGAAGAAGAAGGCUACAAGGACAUUGUGGAGUACACUGAAACUGUCACGGAGAGCUCCCGUGAUGAUCAUGAUCAAGAGUGUCAUGUCGUAGCCGACCACACCUUCCCACACCCCAAACUGAGCUUUGAAGAGGCGAGCAUGAGUGCGGAGAUGCAAGAAGAUCUCAUGAAAGAAAUUGCUUGGCAACUUGCUCUCCAAUCCGUGCUAGAAGAAGAAGAGCAAGAAAGGGUGCAGAAAGAAGUUGUGGAGGAUGGCGAAAGUGAAGCUGGAGAAGUUCUCGAUCAUUUCCCAGGGGUGAUACCACAUGAAGAAGGAAGGGAGGUUAAAGAAGCAAUUGGCGUCCAGGCUGAGGAUGAAGUUGAGGUGGAAGAGGCCUGCACCGGCCAUGAGUUACAUGUGAUAUCCCCACCAAACUUCGAGGAACUGCUUAGCAAGGACCCAUUUGCAGUGUCUCUUUGCCAGACCAAGGCCACAUCGACAUCGGUCCCUCUUGGUGGACGCGAUGGUGGCCAAUCGAUGCUGUCUUAUCUGGUUUGGGGCAAUGAGACGAGAGAAGAGAAGAAGAGGUCUCGAGGGUGGAGACUUCAUCUGCAUCAAGUACAUGAGCCUUCAUCACCUGCCACACCACAUGCUCAUGACUUGAGACUCCACCUCAUUGACGAGAACCUCAACUUCAAGGAGGUUCUAGCAUGGACCGAAACUUAGGAGCCAUCGUCCGGCUCACGACGUGAAAGAAGCGCUUGUUGGGAGGCAACCCAACCAGUCGGUUUGCAUUUCUUUCUCUAUUUCUCCUCGGUUGAGUCAGUUUUGUUAUUUGAUUUUAGAGUCAAUAACUCAACCUUUGUGAGAUUUUGUGUGGUGUUUGUGUUCUGAUUACUCUCUCUUUCUGGAAUGCACCGCCUGACCCGUUCAUCAUCAUUCACCCUUGAUCUGGUAACUUCGUUCUACCCUCCUUAUCUUUCCUCCAUUGAGGACAAUGCCGUGCUUAAGUGUGGGGGGAUGUUCGAUUAUUUAUGCGGGUGAAUGUUUGGCUGUUUGUGUGCUUGGAGCCUAGUCCACUGUCCAAAUUUUUAAAUUUGAGGGCUCCAAGUACGUGUCUCCUUGCAAUUGCCGGCUCAGUAUGCUUUGAAUUGACAGUCUUUAAAGUAAUAUGCAACCUAGGGAGGUAGUGUAGCACUAUGGAGGAUGUUGAUGCAUUUAAGGAGUCUCAUUUCUUCUUCAUAUUGAGUUGGUUGAUUGAGUGAAUUAGUGAUCUUAGGACCCUUGAAUUGUGUGGUGUUGUGGAUUUUCUACAUGUCAUGGACUCUUGUAUCAUGUUUUGAAAAUAACAGGUGCUCGAAAAUGUGCUUCAAAAUAAACGUCUCCCGUGCGAAUAGGGCCAAAGUGUGUAAGGGGAGACGGGAAACCGUUCCCAAUUUCCACCUACUACCUCCAGCCCCCUUACAUGUCUUUCCCCCGCACGAGGCUCGAGACAUCCGCUCCUGGCAUGGCCGGUAAGAGCAGGUUGGGACCCUUGAAAAGAAAAGAAAAGAAAAAUAACAGAAAACAAGCAAAACAGAAAAAAAGGGGGUUCCAACCAUCUUCAAGAACAAAAUAGAGCACCUCGA